CAGCACCCCUCCUCUCUCUCUCUCUCUCUCUCUCUCUCUCUCUAACUUCUCUACCCCCCAUUGCCCCAUCUACCCCCUGCCGUCCCUGUCAGUGCUGGGAAACGUCACGCAGUUUUGUACAUUAGGACGUGAGAGCCAGCACUAAAUAUACCGAACUGGAACAGUGGGUAUCUGUAGAAGAAAAACGCAUCAAAAAUCAGGAGUAUUCACGCCCCAAGGAGGUGGGAAAAGAGCAAGCGAGGGGAGGACAAGCAGAGAACCCACGAAAUAAGCCUCUCUCACCCGUAGCCAUAGCGAUGAGUCGCAGCAUCGUGCGCCAGAGCAAGUUCCGCCACGUCUUUGGGCAGGCGGCGAAAGCGGAGCAGAGCUACGAUGACAUCCGCGUCUCCAAGGUUACUUGGGACAGCUCCUUCUCCGCCGUCAACCCCAAGUUCCUGGCCGUCAUCGUGGAGUCCAGCGGUGGGGGUGCCAUCCUGGUGCUGCCCCUAUCCAAGACGGGCCGUCUGGAUAAAAACUACCCCCUAGUGGCAGGUCACUCAGGCCCCGUCCUGGACAUCGACUGGUGUCCCCACAACGACAACAUCCUGGCCAGCUGUUCCGAGGACUGCACCGCCAUGGUGUGGCAGAUCACGGACCACACCCCCGUGCGCCACCUGACCGAGCCCGUCGUCAUCCUGGAGGGGCACUCCAAGCGUGUGGGCAUCAUCAGCUGGCACCCCACAGCCCGAAACAUCCUCCUCACCGCAGGCAGUGAUAACCUGAUCAUCAUCUGGAAUGUUGGAACAGGGGAGCCCCUGAUCUCCAUGGACGACCACCCCGACCUCAUCUACAGCGUCUGCUGGAACCGUAACGGGAGCCUCUUCUGCACCACCUGCAAGGACCGACGGCUGCGUGUGUGCGACCCGCGCAAGGGCGAUGUGGUAGCGGAGCGGCUGGCCCCCCACGAGGGCAUCCGGCCGAUGAGAGCCAUCUUCACCAGAGAGGGAAACAUCUUCACCACAGGCUUCACUCGAAUGAGCCAGAGGGAACUGGGCCUUUGGGACCCGACGAGUUUUGAGGAGCCCAUCGCACUGCUGGAGAUGGACACCAGCAAUGGGGUCCUGCUGCCGUUCUACGACGCAGACACCAACAUUGUGUACCUGUGUGGAAAGGGCGAUAGCAGCAUCCGGUACUUUGAGAUCACGGAUGAGCACCCGUAUGUCCACUACCUCAGCACCUAUAGCAGCAAGGAGCCCCAGCGGGGAAUGGGCUUCAUGCCCAAGAGAGGCGUCGACGUCAGCAAGUGUGAGAUUGCCAGGUUGUACAAGCUUCAUGAGCGAAAGUGCGAGCCCAUCAUGAUGACUGUGCCCAGGAAGUCGGACCUGUUCCAGGACGAUCUGUACCCAGAUACAGCAGGCCCAGAGCCUGCGCUGGAGCCUGAGGAGUGGCUGGCGGGCCGGGAUGAGGGCCCAGUGCUGGUAUCCCUGCGGGAGGGUUACGUGCCCCCAAAGAGCCGGGAGCUCAAGGUGGCCAGGAAGAAUAUCCUGGACUCACGGCCUGUGCCACGCCGGACCAUGUCUUCCUGCGACGGCAGCAGCCUGCCACCCCAAUUUGUGGAGAAGCUGCUGGAGGAAAUACAAAGUCUGAAGGCUACCGUCCUCUCUCAGGAAAAGCGAAUUUGUGACCUGGAGAACAAGCUUUCAAAAUAUACCAAUGGCACAGCUUGAACUCUAACCCCCUCCAGCUGCACAGCCAAUCAGAGUUUCUUGGGACUCAGACCCAACCCAUCCCGACCCAGCCUCCCCAGUUAAGCACAGGCACUACCAGCCUCACAAACACCCAGAGUUAAUAUACACUCUUCUCACUAGGGUUGUUACCCCUGUGAUAUGUACCACUCUACAUGAACUGUGUCCCGCUUUUUAAUUUCCCCCUGCAAUGAUGUCUGACAGUUGUAUUGUGGGUAAAAUGCUUCACCAAAGGUCACAGUGGCUGUCUCCAUAGCCAACUGACCCCCUCCCCCCAUCAUUUUUGUACUUAUGACUUUUGACCCAUGACCUUGACCUUCCACGUCAGGGCUAUUCAAAUCACGGUCCUCAAGGUCCGAGCCCUGCUGAUUUUACAGCCUUCCUUUACCUGUGAGCUGGGUAUGAAGCCUCUGUGGCCAAUCAGAAUCAGUAAGUAUUAAACCAACUACCUGGGAGAAUUGAAAACAAGGCCUGGAUUUGGAUUCGAGGUCCAGAUUUGAAGAUCCCUGUUCUACGCCCUCAUUUCCUCAUCCCAGCAAAAGUCUCUGGAUGUUCUAUGGCCUUUCAAAUUUAAAAUGAUAUUGUAAAUAAUAUAUGGAAUGAAAAAGGGGAAAGUGAUUCAGGUUGCAAAAAAACUUUGUUUUGUGUGUUCUGUAUAAAAUUAGAAGUAACAGUAAUAAAAUUAAGAUUUUUUUUAAA